AUGCCUCCAAGAGUAAGGGGAAGAGGCAAAGGUCCCAUGCGAGGGGGACCGUCGACAGCAGGACCAUCUCAUAGACGCACUCCAUCGGCGUCCUUUUCUACCUCUGACUCUCGCGAUUUGUGGGGUCAACCUUUUGAGCCAGCAAGACAUUCCAUCUCGCUAAGCUCUUCGCCCUCUUUCCACCCGUCUUUUGGGCCGUUAGUUCCAGACGAACCCCAACACUCACACCACUCUCAGCAAUCUCAUCAUUCUCAUGAGUCUUAUCAGUCGCACCACUCUUUGCAAUCCCAUUCGUUUCACCACUCUGAUUCCCUCUACUCCCCGGGACAGUUUAACCCGAACGACUAUGUUAAUGAAUUUAUUGGUUACAACCCUUUAGGCCCUGAGGACCAUUUCUCUCAGGGGAUGGAAACGGACGAUGAUCCAGAUCCUGAGAUGCAGACCGGAACGCCGGGUCACCCAAUAAGCAUAUCGACUCAACCACCUUUGGUUGAACCCCAAUUCCAAGCUGUUUCACCACCGCCACUUCCUGUAGAGGAGCCACCGCAGCAGCCACCACAGCCACCUCCCGAGCCUCCGAGGCAAAGGAGGAACGCGUGUAUGUCCAUACGGGGGGGACCUCGUUUCAGUUCUCCCCGGGGUUCGAGUUCUUAUCCCCCUAUUCCGGAGGACCCCCGGAUGGGUGGGCCCUCGAACGCGGCGUCGAAGAUUGAACCUCCGCCAGCUUCUUAUGCACCACCUCAGCCGCCCAUGGGUUUUGAUAACCCAAUCCCGACCUACCUAGGUUCUUCUGAGUAUAACCCUUUUGAAAACCCAUCGGACUAUGGAAAUCAAGACCCGUACCUUACGGCUGCGCAGUAUCAUCACCUUUACCCUUCGGUUCUUCAAACUGGAUACCCGGUUUAG